CCCGCCCUUCGUCUGCACCCGGAGUCGCUUGGCUUGAGCCAAGACCGAGGCAGCAGCACCCUCAAGGGGAAACUGGUCUGAGUCCGAAGUGCCCGGCACCGAGCGGCAUUUAUCGAGUGACGUCUACUCUGAGUAAUUUAGUAAUUUACUGACUUCAGCCCAGUAGCCGGAGCUGAAUUUUCUAACAAUCGCGUUUGUACCAACUCUGGUUGGUAUGACUUGGUAAGCCGGUGAAAGAAAACGGAAAAAACAAAAAAAAAACAAAAAAAAACCACGCACGUGGCAACAUUGAGUUAGACAUUUAGUUGUGGACUUACUAAUUGACUUUUUCAUUCGGCUUUUCCUGGUUGAUUUUAAAUUAACAGCUCUCGUGAAGGAACUGAGUGGAAGUACAAGUGUUGAAUGGGCACGUUUGUCCUCCAGCCUCGUCGACCUCAAGAUCAAGCCAGGGCUUAGGCCAGAGUUCAUACUUUAGGUUCCAGCCACUUGAUCCAGUUUUCAGUCUGAUAUUGGCCUUAGUGGCAAAUUUACGAAUAGCUUUAAUUGAUCAAAUGGUAUGUGUUUUACAGGAUGAAGAUGAGUGGAAAGAAUUUGAGCAAAAAGAGAUUGACUACAGCGGCCUCAGAGUUCAGGCAAUGCAAAUAAGUGAAAAGGAAGAAGAUGAUAGUGAAAAAAGAGAAGAUCCGGGUGAUAACUGGGAAGAAGGUGGUGGUGGCGGCGGAGGUGGCGGUGGUGUAGAAAAGUCUUCAGGCCCCUGGAAUAAAACAGCUCCAGUACAAGCACCUUCAGCUCCAGUAAUUGUUACAGAAACCCCAGAACCGGCAAUGACUAGUGGUGUGUAUAGACCUCCUGGAGCCAGGUUAACCACAACGAGGAAAACGCCACAAGGACCACCAGAAAUAUACAGUGAUACACAGUUCCCAUCCCUGCAGUCCACUGCCAAGCAUGUAGAAAGCCGAAAGGAUAAAGAAAUGGAGAAGAGCUUUGAAGUAGUAAGACACAAAACUAGAGGUAGGGAUGAGGUUUCAAAACACCAGGCCCUUAAGCUUCAGCUAGACAACCAGUACGCUGUGCUUGAGAACCAAAAAAACAGCCACUCUCAGUACAAUUAAGGAAUGGUCUUUGCUAACCCUUCUAAGGUAACUAGACCACCGCUAACCACCAUGAACAGCCAUUCAUCACCUGAUCUCUGCUGGAUCGACAGCAACCGAUGCCGACCCCUCGAGAUAAGUGACCGGCCCUAUUGCACUAUGGAAGUUUCAAGUGUCACAACUGCUCUUUAUGUCUAUUGAUUUAGGGGGAUUUUCAUUGUUAUAAAUGUGUGAACUAGAUUCAGCAGUGUUCUCACAUAGUAAUUACUCUGCAAAUACAGAAAAAAAAACAAAAAAAAACACAAAAAUGGCAGCCAGUGGUCAUUUCAAAAUCUUUUUAUGUUCAGAUACUGAGCCUUUGUAAGGUUGACUACCUCAGAUUUGCUGCACUCAUGUGGACUCAUGUGGAUCACAACUUCUGGAUAAGGAGGUUACAGCUGUUAAGUGUCGAUGUGGAACUUGCAACCAGCUCUACUGGAUUCCUAUCAGAAAUCCUGCAGAGAGUCAGCCGUCUGGGUUCUGAUCUGCUGUAAAAGAUGAAGAUUUAAGUGACCUUAAUUAACCUGUCCUGUGCCCCGUCCUCUGGGAAUGCUCUCUGUCGUGGGCUGCGGCUGUGUUACACUUCCUGGAAUGUGCCGCUCUCAAAAGAACUGAUGUGUUCAGAUGCUCUAUGUAGGGCUAUGAUUACUAAUUUAAACUUUGAGUUGUAUUUUGACGUAACCACAAAUUCAACAAAACUUGGGUCCACCAAGUGGGAAGGGAAUAUUGUUUCUUUUAGUGAUUUUUUAUUUGGAUAGUGCUUUCUCUAUGUUCCACAUUAAGGCCUUUUUUUUGCUUUGACUUGGAAGAAGUUCUUUGACAGAGCAUAUUGCUUGGUUAAGUAAGUGACCUGAAAUAUGCAUUAGAAUUGUGAAAUGUCUCAUAAAUUGCCAAUCCCUCGAGGGGAACCAAAUAGCCUUUGAUGUAAAGGGCAGCGGACACGGGGGGCUCUACUUCAGGUGCUGCUAAAGCCUCCUGGAAUCAGGUCUAAUUGUCAAGUUAACUGCAGUGGAAAGAGUACGGUUUCUGCUCAGGCCAAGGGAUUCACUGACCUGUUCUUACAAAUUCAGAGCAAUGUGAGCAGAACCUCAACCUAAACCCACUUAGGUUUCAUGAAUCUUGCGUGGUCUUUGAUAAUUCCAGAUAAUACUUGUGCCCAAAUUUUUAAGUUAUUGGACAUUCUGUAGAUGCAGCAAUUGUCCCAGGGUAGCUCUGCUAUCACCUGGUGUGUCUUUAUGCUGUUCAUUUGAAGUCGGGCAAAUGACGUAGCACUUCUAUUUUUAAUAAUUACAGCUUAAACUAUCCAGUCAGUUUUAGUCCUUAAAGAGGACUUCAGGAAGAUACCCAGGACUACUGCAAAGUUUCUUUUCACCUAAUGAGAAAGUCUGGUAAUUUCCUAGUUUUGUAUCUUUGGUUCAGUAGAAAUAUGUCAAAGUGGUGGUGACCACUUGACACAGUCUCUGGGUUUCUCUGUAGUAAAUCCCUUUGCCAAAUGGCGGGAGGUGCAGACUUGCUACUGGCAAGAGUGAAGCCAAUGGGGGAGGAAAACUGUCCUGAAGCGGGAGCAUAUUUCUGUGGGAGUUCGGUCUCGAUAAAAGUGUCAGUGCAGGAAUCAGACUCCUGGAGGGUUACAGGAUCUCCUGACACGACCUGCCAACCAUUUCUGGGCAAUAAUGUUGGUGUUAUUUGAGGUGGCAGGCGAGACGCCUGCCUUCUGACGUGUUUGGGUGAAUUGCUGAGCAAGCCAAGGAGAGGUUGGAUGAUUAAGCAAGGAACAAGGGAUUCUUGGUUAAACUGAAGACUUCAUUUGGGAACCAAAAAUCUUAACAAAUCUCUUGGACCUCGAGCCACAUAUUUUCCCUGAAGAGUAUGCAUUUUUUUCCAGCAAAAUUUUGUUGAGGGUUAUGUUUUUGAGGAAUGAACUGGGAUGGGUAUGUGGAACUUAAUGGCACACUGUACUAGAGAGCUGAAGAACUGCAGGAGAUUUAAAACCAACUCUUGUUACAACUUUUUAAAAGAUUGUGAGAUUAUCAAAAUGCACAUGAAUCAAGUUUUAAUAUGCUGUAUGGUGGGUGGAUAGGCUGUCCAUUGUACCAUUUCUUUCUUUGAAUUCUCAGGCAUGGUUUGGCAGUGCAAGAGCUCUGUAACAUUAACAAAUUCAAUAAAAAGUGAAUAUAUGGGU